CCUUCCCUUCAGUCUUGCACAGAUGUACGGCUCCUCCCCUUCAGUCUUGCACAGGUGUAUUGGCUCCUCCUUUUCAGUCUUGCACAGUUGUACCGGCUCCUCCGCUUCAGUCUUGCACAGGUGUACCGGCUCCUCCCCUUCAGUCUUGCGCAGGUGUACCGGCUCCUCCCCUUCAGCCUUGCACAGGUGUACCAGCUCCUCCUCUUCAGUCUUGCACAGUUGUACCGGCUCCUCCCCUUCAAUCUUGCACAGGUGUUCCGACUCCUCCUCUUCAAUCUUGCACAGUUGUAACGACUCCUCCUCUUCAGUCUUGCACAGUUGUACCGGCUCCUCCCCUUCAAUCUUGCACAGGUGUACCGGCUCCUCCCCUUUAAUCUUGCACAGGUGUACCGGCUCCUCCUCUUCAAUCUUGCACAGUUGUACCAGCUCCUCCCCUUCAAUCUUGCACAGGUGUACCGGCUCCUCCCCUUAAGUCUCACACAGUUGUACCAGCUCCUCCCCUUCAGUCUU